CAACACAGAAAACACAGCAGGACGUCCACCAGCAGGACAGCAGCAGAAAUCUUGUAACGUGUGAUGGAGACGUUGUUGUCAUGAAUGUUGGAGCUCUGACAGCAUGUUGUUGUGUUUGUGUGAAGGUGUGGGCUCUGCUAUGAAUCAGUGUGAGGAGACAGAGGAGGGAGUCCCUCCCUCUAAAACCACUCUGUGUGGGGAACAUGACAGCCAGACCAAAGCUCAGAGCCCCGAGCAGCAGCAGAGACCAGACUGUCCUGAACCUGAACCCAGCUGUGUGUCCAUGAAGAGUGACAGGUCCAUGGGUCCACCAAUACAGUUUAAAAGACGACUUCCUCCAGAGACUCAUGUGGACCAGCAGACAGCAGACUCUCCUGUACCCAGCUGUGUGUCCAUGAAGAGUGACUGGUCCAUGAUUCAUCCUCUUAACUUCAGAGGUGGACACGACUCUGCUGAAGGAAGAGUUCAGCAGCAACAGUCAGAUGUUCUCGGUGGUCAGUCUGUCCAGCAGAAUCCAGCAGACCUGGACUCCAUAUUCAUGCAUCUUGAGGAGAACGUUGUCACUUUUGUGAAGAACGAGCUGAAGAAGUUCCAGAAGCUUCUGAGUCCAGAUUACCCAGAAAGCUUAGAGAGGCAGAGUGAGGAUGAGGAGGUGUUGGAUGGUGAGGAUGAAGAGCAGAGGAGCAGCAGCAGAGACGCAUUUCUGAAGAUCACACUGCACUUCCUGAGGAGAAUGAAGCAGGAGGAGCUGGCUGACCGUCUGCACAGCAGAACUGUUGCUCCAGUUUGUCGACAUCAGCUCAAAUCUGAGCUGAAGAAGAAGUAUGAGUGUGUGUUUGAGGGGAUUGCUAAAGCAGGAAACCCGACCCUCCUGAAUCAGAUCUACACAGAGCUCUACAUCACAGAGGGAGGGACUGCAGAGGUCAAUGAAGAACAUGAGGUCAGACAGAUUGAAACAGCAUCCAGGAAAACCACAAGACCAGAAACAACAAUCAGACAAGAAGACAUCUUUAAAGCCUCACCUGGAAGAGAUGGACCAAUCAGAACAGUGAUGACAAAGGGAGUGGCUGGCAUUGGGAAAACAGUCUUAACACAGAAGUUCACUCUGGACUGGGCUGAAGACAAAGCCAACCAGGACGUCCACUUCACAUUUCCAUUCACUUUCAGAGAGCUGAAUGUGCUGAGAGAGAAAAAGUUCAGCUUGGUGGAACUUGUUCAUGACUUCUUCACUGAAACCAAAGAAGCAGGAAUCUGCAGGUUUGAAGAGUUCCAGGUUGUGUUCAUCUUUGACGGUCUGGAUGAGUGUCGACUUCCUCUGGACUUCCACAACAAUGAGAUCCUGACUGAUGUCACAGAGUCCACCUCAGUGGAUGUGCUGCUGACAAACCUCAUCAGGGGGAAUCUGCUUCCCUCUGCUCGCCUCUGGAUAACCACACGACCUGCAGCAGCCAAUCAGAUCCCUCCUGAGUGUGUUGACAUGGUGACAGAGGUCAGAGGGUUCACUGACCCACAGAAGGAGGAGUACUUCAGGAAGAGAUCCAGAGAUGAGGAGCAGGCCAGCAGAAUCAUCUCCCACAUCAAGACAUCACGAAGCCUCCACAUCAUGUGCCACAUCCCAGUCUUCUGCUGGAUCACUGCUACAGUUCUGGAGGAUGUGUUGAAGACCAGAGAGGGAGGAGAGCUGCCCAAGACCCUGACUGAGAUGUACAUCCACUUCCUGGUGGUUCAGUCCAAAGUGAAGAACAUCAAGUAUGAUGGAGGAGAUGGGACAGAUCCACAGUGGAGUCCAGACAGCAGGAAGAUGAUUGAGUCUCUGGGAAAACUGGCUUUUGAGCAGCUGCAGAAAGGAAACCUGAUCUUCUAUGAAUCAGACCUGACAGACUGUGGCAUCGAUAUCAGAGCAGCCUCAGUGUACUCAGGAGUGUUCACCCAGAUCUUUAAAGAGGAGAGAGGACUGUACCAGGACAAGGUGUUCUGCUUCAUCCAUCUGAGCGUUCAGGAGUUUCUGGCUGCUCUUCAUGUCCACCAGACAUUCAACAAAUCUGGUGUCAACCUGCUGGCUGAAGAAUCAUCAACAUCCAAGUGGUUUAAACUGUUGAGAAAUGACUCAAAACUAACUGAUCUGUACCAGAGUGCUGUGGAUGAGGCUUUGCAGAGUCCAAAUGGACACCUGGACUUGUUCCUCCGCUUCCUCCUGGGUCUUUCACUUCAGACCAAUCAGACUCUCCUACGAGGUCUGAUGAAACACACAGGAAGUAUCUCACAGACCAAUCAGGAAACAGUCAGGUACAUCAAGAAGAGGAUCAGUGAGAAUCUGUCUCCAGAGAGGAGCAUCAAUCUGUUCCACUGUCUGAAUGAACUGAAUGAUGGUUCUCUGGUGGAGGAGAUCCAACAGUCCCUGAGGUCAGGAAGUCUCUCCACAGAUAAACUGUCUCCUGCUCAGUGGUCAGCUCUGGUCUUCAUCUUACUGUCAUCAGAAGAAGAUCUGGACGUGUUUGACCUGAAGAAAUACUCUGCUUCAGAGGAGGCUCUUCUGAGGCUGCUGCCAGUGGUCAAAGCCUCCAACAAAGCUCUGCUGAGUGGCUGUAAUCUGUCAGAGAGAAGCUGUGAAGCUCUGUCCUCAGUUCUCAGCUCCCAGUCCUCUAGUCUGAGAGAGCUGGACCUGAGUAACAACCACCUGCAGGAUUCAGGAGUGAAGCUGCUGUCUGCUGGACUGAAGAGUCCAAACUGUCAGCUGGAGACUCUCAGGUUGAGUGGCUGUAAUCUGUCAGAGAGAAGCUGUGAAGCUCUGUCCUCAGUUCUCAGCUCCCAGUCCUCUAGUCUGAGAGAGCUGGACCUGAGUAACAACCACCUGCAGGAUUCAGGAGUGAAGCUGUUGUCUGCUGGACUGAAGAGUCCAAACUGUCAGCUGGAGACUCUCAGGCUGAGUGGCUGUAAUCUGUCAGAGAGAAGCUGUGAAGCUCUGUCCUCAGUUCUCAGCUCCCAGUCCUCUAGUCUGAGAGAGCUGGACCUGAGUAACAACGACCUGCAGGAUUCAGGAGUGAAGCUGCUGUCUGCUGGACUGAAGAGUCCAAACUGUCAGCUGGAGACUCUAAGGUUGUCAGGCUGUAUGAUCACACAGGAAGGCUGUACUUCUCUGGCCUCAGCUCUGAGAUCCAACCCCUCCCAUCUGAGAGAGCUGGACCUGAGCUACAAUCAUCCAGGAGACUCAGGAGUGGAGCUGCUGUCUGCUGGACUGGAGGAUCCACACUGGAGACUGGACACUCUCAGGGUGGAACAUGGUGGACAGCAGAGGCUGAAACCUGGUCUGAGGAAGUAUGCCUGUGAACUCACAGUGGACACAAACACAGUAAACACAAACCUCAAACUGUCUGACAACAACAGGAAGGUGACAGCAGUGAGAGAGAAGCAGCCUCAUCCUGAUCAUCCAGAGAGGUUUGACUACUGGCAGCUGCUGUGUAGAACUGGACUGACUGGUCGCUGCUACUGGGAGGUCGAGUGGAGUGGAGGAGUUUUUAUAUCAGUGACUUACAGAGGAAUCAGAAGGAAAGGAGACACUGCUGACUGUGUGUUUGGAUGGAAUAAUCAGUCCUGGAGUCUGAGCUGCUCUGAUGGUGGUUUCUCUGUCAGGCACAAUAAGAGAAGAACAGUCCUCCACUCCUCCUCCUCCUCCUCCUCCUCCUCCUCUUCUGUCUCUCACAGAGUUGCAGUGUAUGUGGACUGUCCUGCUGGCACUCUGUCCUUCUACAGAGUCUCCUCUGACACACUGAUCCACCUCCACACCUUCAACACCACAUUCACUGAACCUCUUUAUGCUGGAUUUUGGCUCUGGUUGGGUUCCUCAGUGUCUCUGUGUUCAGUGUAGGAGGGAGAGUCUCCUCCUGUUAGAGAAACACACACACACACUUUGAAAUAACUUGAAAUCCUUUUAAAUCUGUUUUCAUUCAGGUUUUGUAACAAAUAAUAUAAUAAUCAGAAUCAGAAGAUUCGAAGGGAAAUUCUUUAAAAUUUCCCUUAAUAUAUAUGAUAUAAUAAGCAUGUUUAUCCAAUAAAAUCAGGUUCCAGACUCUCA